AUGCCAGAAGUUUUGACAAGAACACGGGUUCAGCACAGGGCAAACAGAGUCCGGACAAGCGGCACGACAGUGCAUCCGAGACUUGCUGCUGGUCUUGUGAAGAUUGAAUCUUGGAAAUUGGGGGAAGACAGCGGCAGCGAUGACCAUGCGCUGUUCUCGCUGUCCAUGCAUCCAGCAGGCAGUUCACCGAGCGAUGGCUUUAGGGCACUGCAAUCCGUACUUCCCGAAGGAGUGCAGGCGGCCCUGAAAGCAAUUCCUUGCAUUUUCCUGCCUCCAGCGCUUGGGCAACUAGUCUUCGGCAACCGUUUGCGUAACCUUGUGUUCUUAGCACGUUGGGUCCACCCCGGGUUUCCUGUCUUGUGCGAGGGUUUGUCGGAGGAUUGGCUUGUGGAGCGUAAAGGGGCAGCACCGUCCCAGCCUUUCCCACCAGCUUGCCUCGAUGCUAGUGCAGCAGAAAGGUGUGUAGCCGUCAUGCGGUCGAUGCUUUCGGAGAUCAUUUCAGCAGAUGCAGACUCUGAUCAUGUUGAGGGCAUCCGCUCAGAAGCUUUGCGAUGCAUUGUUGACGUUACAAGGCACAAAACGUCUUUGUGCACUGUUCCCGACGAUGCAGCUAGAAAGUUUGCUUCUGUUGCCUCACAUGAUUCCUUUUUGAGACAGAUACUUGCAAGCUUGGAUCUUCGAAAUCGGGGGCAGCUGAAGAGCCAUGCUCUGCGCUUUCUGCAGUGUUUGCCAGCAGGAGUUAGACCAGGUGCAGAGGCAUGGGCACGGGAGCAUUUUGCUUCCUCCUCAAGCCUUGCCGAUGGUAGAGUGAUGCUUGACAUUGCCAUGUUGUUGUUCCAGCGUGCAAAGCUUUCCAGGUUGGGUCCAGUGCACAGGUACAUCUGGGGCGAUAGUACUUCGAAAGGGCACAAAGAUAUCUACAAUGUGCGGUACCGCUUUCUUGCAGCAGCUGAUGCAGUGGAACUUGCCAGGUCUUUCAAGUGGCUUUGUAUGAACCAGGCAGACAAAGCUGAGGAGGCAGCGGCAGAGGAUGGGGAUGAAAUGCCUGCGGAUGCAGAGAAACACAGGCAGCGAGCGGUUCGAUCGCAGUCCCUCUUCGAUCGCAUAGAAAUGCACACGCAAGUUCCUCAGCUUCUGGGGCAAGGCCGCACACAGCUCGUAGACAAAGUCGGGGCGCACGUGCUUUCGGCUUUGCUUGAGUGCGGGGACUUAGAGGCAUUGGAAGGGUACUUGGGGUCCUGUGUAGGGUGGUGUAGUGAUAUGGGUGUCGAGAGCCAUAUGCCAGAGUGCCAAGUCAAGUGUGUGGAAAGCACAUUGCCUGCAUUUAUCCGCCCCUUGCGGUUGCACGUAGCCGAGGGUGAUGAUGAUGGGUUUGUUGAUUUGAGCCUAGCGGUAGAACCCCAGCCGGAGCGACCUGAGAAUCACAACUUCAUGCCCAGAGCCCAAUUCAAGUGCCCGGAGCAUGCCAUGCCAUUCACAAUGCAGCACUGGGACCCAGUUGCUUACUCUCGUGGUCUGCAGGAAGAUGCGGUGGAGGGUGACGAGUUUUCCUGUCGCCAGCUACUCCACUUUGCUGAGUCCGUUUUCUCUCUGCGUUUCGCUGACUUUGCAUCGGCCUUGCAAAAUCCUUUGUCUGUGGAUGCCUGGGGUCGACUGAAGCUAGAGUGGAGCAAGGCAGCAGCGUUUGUUUGUGAAAACUUGAAAAUCCGUUUGGGUUUCUAUCAGUCCCUGCCUUGGAUAAUCCUCGGCGGCACCCAUGCAGAUCCUGUGAAGGCAAGAAAAUGUUUGCAGGAAGCCCAGCGCUUGUGGCAAGACUUGCCAGAGGAUGCCCGAAGCAUGCAGCAUGUCAUGGCCCAGGAGUUGUUCUCCCCAGGCCCCCUCCGGGAUGAUUUGCAGCGGUUCGUGUCAGAAUCCGAGCCUUUGAGCGCUUGUCCGAGAUUGGAAGAAUACUUGGCACCCCUGACCUUUGUGCAGACUGCUGAGCGUAUUAUAGAAGGAGCGCACAAGGAUCUAGGCACCCUCCCGAAGCGGCACAGCAUGACAGCUCUUUCCAUUCAGCUCAGAGCGCCAGAACUCAACCGCAGCCUGUCCUUGAAACCAGAUUCCUUUGCAACCUUGCUAGAUGAGUUUGUGAUUGCUCGCAAAGUGAGGCGCUUCAGCGAUGUUUUUCCUUGCUUCAAAGCCCAUCCGGCUUUCCAGGCAUUGGCGCACCAGCGUCGCAGGGCACCCAGCAGUGCUCAUUUGAAGGUCUUGCGAUCGAUAUUGUAUCGCGAUGCAACUGUGCAGCAUGGCGACCUGCGACAGUCCGUGCAGUGGCACAAAUCGCAGAAGAAACUUCUAGAUCAGGCUAAGCAAGCAUUUGUGCCCAAAGAACCAAAACUUUCACAGGCUUUGCUCUAUGCACAAGCAGGAAUCGCAUAUGUUCGUUCAACUUGCUCGCAGGAUUCGAGUGCUGUGCUGUCCAUCGAAGAUCGGUUUUAUGUCCCUCUGAUUCUCCGCCCUUCGAGCAUCCGACAGCCCUCGCAUGCUCCCUGCACAAUUGCGGCCAUGGGCAAACACGAUAUUUUGGUUUCCAGGCUAGAGAACUUUGGAAGCACGGAGGCCCCACAGGUCUCAGCCCUGCCAGAUGGUCCUGGAGGAGAGGUCCUCAAUCUGUGCGAGCAUGUCAACAGACUGGGUCUAGAUGCUUUCCUUGCCAAAGCACAAUUGUGGCGGAGGCCAGGGAAUGUGCAGCUAGCGUUGCCAGGCAUUGAAGGUGUGUCCCCAGCCGACAUUUGUCAGCUGCUUCAGCGCAUGGUUGAGAACAAUGCUUUGGCAGGGUGCAACUUUGGUGUCGUGCCAGUCAGAGGUAGUAGUGAAGACUUGGUUUUGCAGGCCUUGGUUGAGGAAGGUUUUGCAGAGAAGACUUGCUUCGGAGCUCGCUUAACAGCCGAUGGUGUUGCGAGCUUGCACUUUCGACACAGCCUUGAGUCCCCACAACCUUUAAACCAAGCCCGGUCGUUGCCUCUGAUGGACCUAGAUGUCAUGGAGCUUAUGGCAAUCAUGAAAUCUGAGGGGUGGGAAUGGUCUUUGCUUCCUGCAAAGGCAAAGCGCCGUGAGCUGAGGUACUCUGUGGGAGAGCCUUUGCAGUGGUAUACGGCUGGAGUAUCUGUCAACAAAUGCUAUUUGCUUUGCCUGCUAACUGCUGAGAAGUUGAAAGAAGAGCAUGACAUUCAGUCCAUUCCUCAUGCACUUCCUGCAGAAGCCUAUGAAUCCAUUCUGACGGGCAUGCAGCCACAGGCAGCAGUGCAGGCCUUGCUAGAUCGGCCUCGCAAGGGCAAGAAGCGAGCUUCUCUGGCUUUGGAAGCAGACGUAGACGAGGCCGAGAAUGUUGAUUCUGAUGCAAGGCACACAGCUAGGAGAAGGCUUGCAAUCGCUGCAGCAGAAGCUGUAGGAGAGCAGAUCGAUGACGGUGGCGGGGCUUUUCUUGAGGAUGAGGGCGAGAGACUGUGGGAAGGGGGAGAGGGCGUUGAUGAUGACGACGAUGUGGAUGACGACGAGCUUAUGGCAGAACUCGAAGCCAUAAUUGAUGCAGAGGCCGCAGCAGACCCAGAGGGUGACGGUGCGGAUGAGCGUGCUGCUGCAGGCAACCGCACUCCCCCUGAGCCUCCUGUGGCUCCUAGUCCUAGGUUCCCGGUCUUCAUCCUCAUCGAGCUCCUCUUCCAGCAGCUGAACAGGCGUAUGGUCGCAGUUUGUGGCCACGUUGUGGCUGCAUCUUUGUCGUGGAGGCACCUUUGCUUGCUCACGGCAGCGGUCUCGGAGCUCCUGACAGAGGAGCUGGCAUUUUGCAGCAGAGAGGCGGUGGACUUUGUUUUAGUUGGGCAGUUUCUGGCCAAGUCUGAAGCAUUAAGGACUCUGGCGGUGGGGAUGGUGUUUCUUCGUCCAGUCGGCCAGAUGCCUAGCUCUCAGCUGAGCUUCUGGUGGCAUGGCGGUGCUUCGGACCGCGGGACUGCCUUGCAUGUCACGACAGAGAGCCAAUUGAAGCUAAACUUAGCCCGUGUCGAGACCAAGUGCUCCGUCGCGGCAGGGCAGGUUCUGAAGAAAGCGCGAAUCGAGACUCAACGCACACAGGAGUUUGAAGCCGGCCCCAGGGGAGUGGCAGAUCUUCUUCGGUGGCCUCAGCAGAUCGCAGACAUUGAAAGUACUUGGGUAGCCCAAACCGGGUUGCGGUCGCAGCUUCGAGAGAAUCUGAACCGAAAGAUGUGGCUCACGUCAGCCUAUUCCGGCAUGUGCACUUUCGAGCACAUUCUUGCUCGGCUUGCAGAAGGAGUUUUGCCUCCGUGGGAUUGGGAGAGACUCAACUCAGGCCCAGAACCUCAGGCAAGCCGUUGCGGUCCAUUUGUUCAUUGGUCGGGCUUUGAGACAAGCCCGGCUUGCAGGGAGCUCAUUUUGAGCUCGCAGAGCUUUCGGCCAAUGCACUUGUUUGGUGACAUUUGUGAUCAGUGUGACCCGAGUGUUGUUGCAAAGAUGAAGUUUGUGGUCAGCACUUUGAGGCAGCGAGCCGGGGCCUUGCGAGAAGAACUGAAAACAGCAGACACCGUGCCUGAGAAGCGCAAGCUGGCAGCCAGCAUCGAAGAGCUAAGCACUCGCUCUAUGUCAAAGUUGAUCCAGAUCGCUAAGGAAGCCUGCAAACAAGGACAGAUGAGGGAGACAGGGUAUUGCUGGGCAUGCAAGAAAGAGUGCCCCUACCUUCCACCCAAAGCACCUGUCGACAUACACUUUGAGCUUGGCGGCAACACCUGCGUUGCCUUUUCCCCUCAGGGGAAUCGAGAAAAAUGGCUACAUGACUCUGCUGUGCCAGCAGCAAUCUGGCUGGCAAGGGCCCGGCACUCUGGCGUGGAUUGGCUGCUGCAGGAAUGCAGCCACUGCUUUAACAGCGUGGAGUGCUUGCAGACCGUUUUCGAGCCACGUGCUGGGUGGCAAACCAGCUGUGUGCAGCUUUGCCCAACUGCGGUGGGAGUUCCCAUGCGGCGGCCUCGCAACAUCACAUGGACCAUCAACACGGGCAGGUUCUCGCUACUGCAGGCCUUUACAGCUGACUCUUUCAGGGCUGUGGCCGGCAGCACGACCCAGAUCUCCGGGCAUGAUUUCUUUUGUGCUCCUGAAGCAGAUGUUGUGUGGGCUUUGCAGGCUCAGGCUCGUGCUAACAAUGUCGUGCUUGCAGAUGGUGAGGCUGAUGCAGGAUACAAGGUUUUGCCGCAGGGCGUGAAGGCACGGUUGCUGAAGUAUGAGGAGGAGAUGACACAACAACUCAGGGGGCCUGAGAGUGGCUUAACUCCGGUGUUGGAUCUCUCCCAGAAUGUGAGUGUGCGGAAAAACAUGUCAUCCACAAUCCCGGCAAUCCUUCGAGGUUCCAGGAUCUGGUCUUGCCAAGAGCGUCGCGAGAUGCUCUUCUUCUCGUUUGGGUGGCCAGUGCCUGAGAUCUCGAUGAGCAGUGCAGAACAUGAAUUCCCAUUCGAGAAUGAAGUUCUGCAGAAGCUGGGAGAUCGGGCGAUGAAAGCCAUGCUCGGCAACUCUGUGCACUGCCGGCUGUUUGGGCUCGUGUUUGCAUAUGCAAUGAUCAUCACAAAGAUGCACCCUGCACGACCAACCCCAACGACAGCCGACGACAGCAAGGUGCAUGCAGCCAGGUCCCAUGCAGCCUUAGGUGAUCGCAAGAUGGCUGAGGAUGAAGUUUCCGCACUCCUCAGAGACAGCCUUGAUGAUGCAUGGGAUGCGGCUGAGGCUGCGGAGGAGGAUCCUCACACGCCGCCCAAGAAGAAGGGCCGGGGGUGUCCAAGCAGUGCCGAGAAGGAGAAGGGCCCGGGCUUGCAUGGCAAACUUGGCCGUGGCAGAGGUGCCAAAGCCAAGGCCAAGCCACAGCCCAAGAAGGCGGUGAAGCGCACUCUGGUAAAGAAGUGCCGGGGGUGCAAGGCCAUGCUCGCGAGCUAUCAUGAGCUCUGCCCGGAGGCCGCCGAUGAUCAAGGCCCAGUGUGUGGCCGCAAGCGGGGCGUGUGGUCCUUGGUGAAGUACCAAGAACGAGUCACAGCUGCGAGCGGGAUCAUCAAGGACACGUUGGGCGAGAUGAUGUGGGAGAAGCUAUGGAUGGAACACGCGCAAACCGCGCGUGGCGGCAAGCUUCGGGAGGAAGAGGCUGCCAAGCAGUGGCUUGAGUGGAUGGACGCCAUCAAGAAAAGGGACAAGAACGUCCGCUACGACUUUGGUGGCCCGGAUGGAAAGCCACGGGUGUGGGUGAAGACGCAGGACUUGAUCAUCGAGCGCAGCAGUUACAUGAAGUCCAAGGAAGUCCUCUGUGAGGGCGAUUCCAAGAAGAAGGCCACUAACGACGAGGUUGACCGGCUCAGGCCAGAGCUGCUCAGGAAUCAUAGCCAGGGUAUGGAUUUUGAUGAGGUUGCGGCGGCCAUGGCUCGCAAUGAGAACACCUUUGCAGGGGCCUCCGGCUUUAUCCUGGACGUCCUCGACCUGAUGCCCGAUGGCAUGGAUGAGGAUGAGGAGGGUGAGUGUGACGAUCACACGGACGGCAAGGACAAGGCUGCCGAGACGUUGCCGGAGGAGAAGGACAAGGAGAUUUGGGUCGAAAGGGAUAAGGUGGUUUCCGCCAGUGUGCGUGCCAAGACGGCUGAGCUGGAACAGUUUGAGUCAAAGGCCUUGGAACAGCUCUCGAAGCAAGAGCAAA